AUGGCUUAUCUAUUUCGUUCAGUUCUUAUUCAAUCAUUAAAUAAAACAACUCGACCAAUGUGGACAACAAUGCGUCGAAAUAUGUCAUCACAUAGUAAAGAAACUGAUGAAGAAUUUGAUCAACGAUGGAAAGCAUAUUUCGAUCGUCCUGAUAUUGAUGGUUGGGAUAUUCGACAAGGUAUUAAUCAUAUGAAUCGUCUUGAUUUAAUUCCUGAACCAGAAAUUAUAACAGCUUGUUUAAAAGCAUGUCGACGUGUUAAUGAUCAUUCAUUAGCUGUUCGAUAUUUAGAAGCUAUACGUUAUAAAUCAAAUGCUGUUUCAAAUCAAGUAUGGCCAUGGAUUCUUCAAGAAAUUCGUCCAACAUUGAAUCAAUUAGGUGUAUCAACACCAGAAGAUUUAGGUUAUAAUAAACCUGAAUUGGCUUUAAAAUCGGUUGAUGAUAUGUAG